AUGGCGUCGAGCGUGCUCGUCUUGUCCAUGGCGGCUCUCGUGAUGAUCUUGCUGUGCAACGCUACGGCCACCGUGAGCAAUGCCAGCCCGCCAAACGAAACUCAACACAACACCUUCAGCCUCGACAACUUCGGCGCCCAUGGUGACGGGAAGCAUGACGACACGCAAGCACUGGCCAAGGCGUGGAACGCGGCGUGCUCCUCGUCCCGCCCCGCCGUGCUGCUCGUUCCCAAGGGAAAGAGCUACCUGCUUAACUCCAUCACCCUAUCUGGCCCGUGCAAGUCCAGCAUCGUCUUCAUGGUGAAGGGCACGCUCGUGGCUCCACCUAGCAGGUCGGCAUGGAGCGAGGACAACAGAGGUCACUGGAUCAUGAUCCAAGGCGUCUCCAGGCUCACCGUCACAGGUGGCGGCACGAUCAAUGGCAACGGGGAUGACUGGUGGAAGAACUCCUGCAAGACCAACAGGGCUUUGCCAUGCACAAUGGCUCCAACGGCUUUCACGUUUCACCGUUGCGAUAGUUUGAAGGUGGAGAACCUGAAAAUUGUCAACAGCCAACAAAUCCAUAUAUCUGUUGAGGAUUGCAAUGAUGUGCAAUUGGCUCGCCUGUCCAUCACGGCUCCUGGCACGAGCCCGAACACUGAUGGCAUCCACAUAGCCCGUAGCAAGGAUGUGCAAGUUACGGAUUGCAUCAUCAAGACCGGGGAUGAUUGCAUGUCGAUUGAGGACGGAACUCAUAACCUUCAUGUCACCAAAGUUGUGUGCGGUCCGGGGCAUGGGAUCAGCAUCGGAAGCUUAGGAGAUGACAACUCAAGAGCUGAGGUUUCUGGUAUUCUAAUUGACUCCGUACAAUUAUAUGGAACUACCAAUGGUGCUCGGAUCAAGACAUGGCAGGGAGGAAGCGGAUACGCCAAGGAUAUCACCUUCCAAAACAUUAUCAUGGACAAUGUGCAAAACCCCAUCAUUAUUGACCAGAACUACUGUGACUCGACUACGCCAUGCAAGAAGCAACAAUCGGCAGUGGAGGUUAGCAAUGUGGUGUUCAAGAACAUAAGAGGGACAACCAUUUCCAAAGAUGCUAUCAAGCUUAGCUGCAGCAAUGAUGACUCCUGCUCUGACAUUGUCUUGGAGAACAUCGACCUGAAAAUGCAGGGUGACAAAGGGGAAACCCAAAGCACCUGCCAGAACGCAAAAUGGCGAAAGGCGGGAACUGUUAUUCCACAACCCUGUGAAACCAAAAACUAA